AUGGAGGGAGACAGCCCGCAGAACUCCUCUGUCAACCGGACCAUGGACGUCCAGCUGGUCACGCACAGUCUGUGGGAGGUCAUCACCAUAGCGACUGUCUCCGCCAUAGUGAGCCUCAUCACUAUAGUGGGGAACGUCCUGGUCAUGCUGUCCUUUAAAGUCAACAGCCAGCUAAAGACCGUCAACAAUUACUACCUGUUGAGUUUAGCAGCUGCUGAUCUCAUCAUUGGAGUUUUCUCGAUGAACUUGUACACUUCGUAUAUUCUAAUGGGAUACUGGGCGCUGGGGAAUCUUGCUUGUGAUCUGUGGCUGGCGUUGGAUUACGUGGCGAGUAACGCAUCCGUCAUGAACCUACUAGUGAUCAGUUUUGAUAGAUACUUUUCCAUUACGCGACCUUUGACCUACAGGGCCAAAAGGACUCCCAAAAGAGCAGGGGUUAUGAUCGGUUUAGCCUGGCUGGUAUCGUUAAUUCUAUGGGCCCCACCGAUCCUCUGCUGGCAGUAUUUCGUCGGAAAGAGGACUGUGCCCGAGAGACAAUGCCAGAUUCAGUUUUUCUCGGAACCUGUUAUAACAUUUGGGACAGCAAUUGCAGCGUUCUACAUCCCAGUUUCAGUCAUGACUAUUCUGUACUGCCGGAUCUACAAAGAAACGGAAAAGAGGACCAAAGACUUAGCCGAGCUUCAGGGGACAUCUUACCCAACUGAUCAUAGCGUCAGCCAGCCGCAGAAGACAAUAAUAAGAUCUUGCUUUAGCUGUAAACUCAGAUCAACACCACAUGACCGAAAUCAAGCCUCCUGGUCGUCAUCAAGCAGAGGUAACGCUGUCAAAUCCGCAGCUGCAACCAACGAUGAGUGGUCCAAAGCCGGAGCACAGACUUCUUUUAACAGCUACGCAUCCUCGGAGGAUGAAGAAAGGCCUGCGUCUCCCAAGGGAUUCCAGUCCACCUUCAGGAAUCAGGCGUGCGAGGCGGGAAAGAAGAAAGACGAAAACGAGCAACUGAGCAGCUACGACGAGGACAGUUACUUCCAAACGCCGCCCAAGAGCAACUCGCAAAAGAGCGGGAAAUGCGUGUCGUACAAGUUCAAGCCCGUCGCCAAGGACAACAGGCAGGCGCAGGGCAGGAACGGCGAUUCCAAAACGCAGCUGAAUUUCAGUUCGGCGGAAUCCGUAAGCGUUCCGUCCACCUCGUCUACGUCGAAACCUACAGAUUCGUCGCUCAAGAAUCAGAUCACGAAGAGGAAAAGGAUGGUGCUGAUCAAGGAGAAGAAGGCCGCACAGACUCUUAGCGCCAUCUUGUUAGCCUUCAUCCUAACAUGGACGCCGUACAAUAUUAUGGUGCUGAUUUCUACCUUUUGUUCAGACUGCAUCCCUCUGUCCCUGUGGCAUUUAGGAUACUGGCUGUGCUACGUCAACAGCACCGUUAACCCCAUGUGCUAUGCGCUCUGUAAUAAGACCUUUCAGAAGACUUUCCGCAUGCUCUUGCUCUGUCAGUGGAAGAAGAAGAGGAUCGAGGAGAAGCUCUACUGGUAUGGACAGAACCCAGUGGUCAGCUCCAAAUUGACGUGA